AAAGUUCAUUGUUUAAUCAGUCGGUGAUUGAGUAGGACAUUCGUGAGUUGUGAAAGUUCAAUUUAUUUAAAACUUCUAAAUCAGCAAAAGAAAAAAAGUCUAAUCUUAAACAGAAAUGGCACGUACUAAGCAAACUGCACGUAAGUCGACCGGUGGAAAAGCUCCCCGCAAACAACUCGCAACCAAGGCAGCUCGUAAAUCUGCUCCUUCCACGGGUGGCGUAAAGAAACCCCAUCGUUAUCGCCCUGGUACUGUUGCUUUGCGUGAAAUUCGCCGUUAUCAAAAAUCCACCGAAUUGCUGAUUCGUAAAUUGCCAUUUCAGCGUUUAGUGCGUGAAAUCGCCCAAGAUUUCAAAACUGAUUUGCGUUUUCAAUCUGCUGCCAUCGGUGCUUUGCAAGAAGCAUCUGAGGCAUACCUUGUAGGUCUUUUCGAGGAUACCAAUUUGUGCGCUAUCCAUGCCAAACGUGUAACCAUUAUGCCGAAAGACAUUCAGUUGGCUCGCCGAAUCAGAGGAGAACGCGCUUAAGCCACAACAUCUAUAUCCAUAAUAAUAUAUUUACCAUUUUUUCUUAAUUAUAUGAUAAAAUUAAUAAAAAUGUACUACAUGUAAGAAUGUCUUAAAUUGACAGGCAUAAGCUUAUUUACAUUUGGUUAAAAAAGAAGUUGCUAAAUAAAAUGUUCAGAUCAAAACAUUUA